AUAGUGAGCGGCCUCUGUCUCGGUACCUUGUGCCUCCUUCAGCUCCUCUCGGCACCUCUGCUGUUACGCCUGCACCCACCUACUCCUCCAAAAUGGCCUUCGCUGGAAGAUGGGAAACGGAGACCCAGGAGGGAUACGACGAAUUCUGCAAGCUGCUCGGGAUCCCUAACGACGUCAUGGAGAGGGGCCGCGACUACAAGCUAAUCACAGAGGUAACCCAGGAGGGCAAUGACUUCUCCUGGACCCAAAUCUACCCCAAAAACCACAAGAUCACCAACCACUUCACCAUCGGCAAGGAGAGCGACAUGGAGACUGUUGGGGGGAAGAAAUUUAAGGCCACUGUGCACAUGGAGGCAGGCAAACUGAGCGUGACCUUCCCCAACUACCACCACACCUCCGAGAUCAGUGGAGGCAAGCUUGUGGAGACCUCCAAAGCUGGUUCUGUGGUCCUGAAGAGGACCAGCAAGAAGAUCUAGCGUUUGCCAUGUACAGUUCUAAUAGAGAAAGACCCCAAAACUGUAGGCACUUAAUAAACUAAGGCUAUGAUAUCCUCAUGAUUGUGUCUGUUAUGUCUA